UCUUUUCUCCUGCUGUACCAAAUUCCAGGUUACUGUGCAGCCAGACCCUGGGGGUGGAAGGAUUUCAGGGCUUCUCCAUGCCCCAGCUCCCAGGAAGAGGGUGAAGGUGCAGCUGGAUGGGCCAAGUGAAGUCAAGAUGGAAGACACGACCUUGAGGACUGCUCUGGGAGAAGACACUGCUGGGAGAACACAUCAGGAGGAUGCUGCCCCUCCCGGACCUCCUCCAGCACUGCCCAGCCCCCCCUCAGGCUGUGUGGAGCAGGAGACACAGCAGAGGAGUGAGGAGGAUGAGCAGCACGAUGGCUCUGCAAGCUUGGUGUUGGCAGCCACCCCAGGGAUGCUCUUCCAGGAGAGGCAGACCAACCUACACCCUCUUAGCCUCUCCUGGGUGUUGGGCUACAACAGCAGCCUGGCUGUGCACAGCCUGAUGGAUGGGGAGGACCGGGUGCUCCUCUACAUCUCUUCCCACACUGCAGUCAUCCACGAUGUCCUGAGGAACAGGCAGCACCACCUGCAGGGCCACAUGAAUGUCAUCUCCUGUCUGUGUGUGAGUGAAGACAGGCGCUGGGUGGCAACCGCUGACCGGGGGCCACGUCCUCUGAUCAUUGUGUGGGACUCCUACUCUGGGAUCCCCGUGCACACCAUCUUUGAGAGCCACCCAGAGGAUGGGGCCACUGCUGUUGCCUUUUCCCAGGAUGCAAAGUAUUUGGCAACCAUCAGUGCUGGGGCAGUGCAGAAAGUUUGUGUUUGGAACUGGACUUCUGCCACAGAGAAACCCAUCUGCAGCACGGAGCUGAGCCCAGAGUUUGGGUAUCAGGAUUAUGUCAUUUUUAACCCUCAAAAUCCCUAUGAGUUCCUCAGCAACAGCAGAACCCGGGUGAUAUUUUACCUGUGGGGUGAUGCUGGUUUGCAGUAUGCAGCCCCACUCCUGAGCAAGCAGACCUUCAGCAGCGUGGUGGGACACUUCAGUCAGUCAGUUUUUCAUUUUAACAACUCCCAAGCUCUGACAGGCACCUCUGCUGGGAAGCUGGUGGUGUGGGACAAGGUUGCUCCUCGCACCCCUUCCAAGGAGCUGCAGCCCAAGCCACACAGGAUGGAGGCCACCAAGGUGGUGCCACUGCAGGAGAACAAACUCACCGUGCUGCAGGUGGUGGAGAGCUGCAUAGUAACAGGUGAUGGGAAAGGUGAGGUGAAAUUCUAUGAUGGGCAACUGCAGCUUCUCACCAGCUACAGCCACAGCACUGUGGGUGCCAUUCGCUCCAUCUCCUUUUGCAAAACUCCUCCUGAUCCUCCUGGUGCCUCCCCAGCCUCUCCCCCCAGCACCCAGCCCUUCCUCACCAGGAACUUUAUCCUCUCAACCUCUGAUGCAACCGUGUUCCAUGUUGCAACAGAGACGGGAACCUUUGAAAAAGUCAUGGAAGAAGCAAAGAAAGCUGUGAAUGCCAUCACCUGCCACCCCAGAAGGGCACUGGUUGCUGUGGGGAGUCACUGUGGGGUGCUGAAGGUGUGGGACUACCAACAGACCAGGUACCUGGUUAGCAGGAUAUUCACCCAUGCUGGCAUCCAGUGCUUGUCCUAUGACCCUGAAGGUUAUUUUCUGGCUGCUGGUUUUACUGAUGGGACUGUUCAUGUCCUCGAUGCCAUUUCCCUUCAGUCCAGCUGCAAAGAGUUCAAGUUCUCACAUGGUCCUGUAACUCACAUCAGCUUCUCCCAUGAUUCAGAGUACUUUGCAACUGCUGAUGAGAAAUACGCAGUGACUGUUUACAAGAGUGUCCUGGAAAAUGGGAGCAGAUGCUGGGAACACCUAGCAGGGAUGCACUCCCACUACAAACCCAUCAGGAACAUCCUCUUUGGGGUCCAGUUAGACAGCAACGAGCCCAGGCUCCUGAGCCUUGGGGAGGACAGGCAGCUGGUUGAGUAUGACCUGAACAGCAGCAGCAAGGACCACUUGGUGGUCUUGCACAGGGACCGUGUGGAGCAGGUUGCUGUGCCCCUGUGCAUGGCCUGGUACCCACAGCUCAGCAACGAGUCCUUUAUCCUCACUGCCAACAACCACUACAAAAUGAAGCUCUACAACACGACAACCAAAAUGUGCAGAAAGACCCUUUUGGGACCAACAUAUGGCUUCCCAUUGGAGAAGAUACAAAUCCUCCCAACAACAAACACUGCAGAGCCCCAGCGACACUACCUGGCAUACAUUGCAAAGGACAAGGUGGGCUUGCAGAUUUUGCCUGUUGAUGGCAACCCCCACAAGUCCUCAGCUUUCAUUUGCCACCCAGAUGGUGCCUCUGAGCUUGCUGCCUCCUACGAUGGACACUGCCUCUUGACAGCAGGGGGGAAGGACUGUACUGUCAUGAAAUGGGAGGUCAACCUAAAUGCCUUGGAUGCUAUUGCUUCCCUGGGUGGGGAGGACUUGAUCCCAUUCUACAGCCUACUGGAUGGUGGCAGAGAUGGAGAAUUCUUCAGGGAACUGGAAGAUUAUUUUUACUAUGUACAGCUGCUCAGCCAUGGCAUCGAUACACAGGAGCCCAGACAGGUGUCAACACAUAUUCCCUUGGAGGAAAUUCCUUCUGUAAUGAGAGCAAUGGGAUUUUAUCCAUCAGAAGAAAAGAUUGAAGAAAUGAUAAAUGAAGUAAAAUUCAGCAAGUAUGUGGAUACCGGGGAACAAGUGACAGAAAUCAAUUUAGGGGAUUUUAUCAAACUUUAUAUAAAUCAUCGACCUGUGUUCGGCUUGUCCAUGAAGAAAAUAGAGCAAGCAUUUCAGGUUCUUGGUUAUGAUAAUGAGAAUGGAGACAAAGUUAUUGACAGAGGAGACUUACUGUUGCUGCUUCAGUGCAGAGGAGAGCACAUGACAGAGGACGAGCUGGCACAGUGUCUGAUCACCCUGAUGGGCAGGGGUCCUGAGGGAGGGGGCUCUGAACUGGACACCUGUGAUCCCUCAGGUGCAGCAGCUUUGUCUGAAGAAGAAAUUCCAGAGGAAAUCACAGCAGAGAUAUUUGUUGCUGACAUUCUUGGCUUACCUAUUGCUGAACCAGAAAAAAGAACAGAAAAGAGAAAUGAAUCUUUGGUCUACUGAAGAGAUGGAAGCAUUACUGGCACAAAGUUUUCUGUCUGUUCUUACUUUUCAGCCUCCUCUCACCAUAUAUCUUCAAAAAUUCUGUGUUAACAAAAAAACUUUAAAAAAAAAUGUGAUAACAAACACAUUUUGUGUUUGUUAAAAAGUUUCUUAGUAAUCAAACUCUAGAGAAAGCCUCCAGUUUAGCAAAUGCCACAAACCUAUAGGAUCAAACCUAUGUUGCUAUAUUGUCUUCCUGCAUUGACCACCCCCUACCCUUGGCUUGAACCUUCCUAGAAUUCAUUUUAGGUGUGUUUAGAUCAGAUGCAGUCCAUUUUCACUAUGUUAACACAAUAUUUAUUUGUAAAACCUGUC